AUGGCGCAAGCACACAACCUUCCACCCUUGCCGUUGCCUCAAGGCGUGACAGAAGACUAUGCCGAUUGUACUUCAUCCUGUGGACUCAACUUUCACCUACUAAAGGCAGGAAUGCCUGGAACUCCAUUAGUACUGUUCUGCCAUGGCUACCCAGAGCUGGCAUACUCAUGGCGGAAGCUCAUGCCAAAGGUGGCAGACGCUGGUUACUACUGUGUCGCCAUGGACCAACGAGGUUAUGGAAGAACAACUGGAUGGGAAGGUAAGCCAUAUGACCAAGUCGACCUGACCCAGUACACCAUGACAAACCUUGUGCGCGACAUGGUCUCUCUGGUGUACAAGCUGGGCUAUACAGAAGUAACUUGCAUCAUCGGCCACGACUUUGGAGCGGUAUCGUCAGCAAUGGCAGCACUCAUGCGUCCGGACAUCUUCAAGGCAACUAUACAGAUGAGCCACCCCCAUCAUGCUCCACCCACUCCUCAAUUUGGCAAUGAGCCUCGAAAACCGAAGCUUGACAUCCAGGCAGAACUCGCAAAGCUGAACCCUCCCAGAAAGCAUUACAAGUGGUACAACUCAUCCCCUGGUGCUGCAGAAGACUGGAACAACCCGCACCAGGGCCUGGAGAAAUACCUACGAGGCUACUUUCACCUGAAGUCAGCAGAUUGGGAAAAGAACGAUCCGCAUCCGCUGCAAGCCUGGAGCGCUAAGGACAUCGAGGUUAUGCCAGAGUACUACAUCAUGAAGAAAGGCGACACAUUGCCCCAAACCAUCGAGAAGAACAUGAAAGGCGAGGACUACAGUAAGACUGAGAAGUGGCUCAGCCCUGACGACCUAGAGGUAUACGUGCAAGAAUGGCAACGGAUCGGUUUCCAGGGCGCACUAAAUUGGUAUCGUGCCCAGACUGCUUCAACGCCACAGAGCAAGAAAGACAUGUACCUCUACUCUGGCCGCAGAAUCGAGGUGCCGUGUACGUUCAUCAGUGGCAAGCAGGACUGGGGCAAUUAUCAGCAGCCGGGUGCUUUCCAGGGGUAUGAGGAUGAGAAAUGUAUCAAGUCUGGGUGCUUCAAGGGUGCGAGACUUAUCGAUCAUGCAGGACAUUGGGUACAGCAGGAGCAGCCUGAAGCCACUGCGAAGGAAGUGUUGCACUUUCUGCGAGGGCUCGAGACGUAUCCAUUGAGUGGAAACUAUUAG